AUUUAUUAUUAUUAUUAUUAUUAAUUGACCUUCUCUUCUAGGGGUUUUGCUAGAGGGCGGAGGUGGCUCGAUGGAUGUUGCCCUCUUCUCCCCCGCGGCUCUCUUUCACGACGACGACGACGACGACAACGACAUCAUCAAUGAAGCGUGCCACGCAGCCGCAGAAGGGAAAGAGAGCCCUGACCAGCAGGACAUUCAUGUCGAGAGAAUUCAUUCCUUUCCCGGAGCGGAUCUUAUUAUUCGAGAAUUUUCAUUCCAUCAGUUAAAUGCCAAUUUAUUAUGGCCUGGGACAUUUGCAUUUAGCAAUUGGUUAGUUGAAAAUCGAUCUCUUUUACAAGGAACACGAAUUUUGGAAAUAGGGAGUGGGACUGGAGCUUUAGCCAUCUUCCUCCGGAGGUCAUUUGGAGUAGACAUCACGACCUCAGAUUUUGAUGACACAGAAAUUGAAGGAAAUAUAGCUUAUAACUGCAGAGCUAAUGGGCUGCCUGAACUGCCACAUAUCAGGCAUACAUGGGGCGACAAGUUUCCUACAUCUGAACCGGACUGGGACAUGAUUAUCGCCAGUGAUAUCCUGUUAUAUGUGAAACAGUAUCCUAAUUUGAUAAGAACUCUAUGCUUUCUCUUGAACAACUACAAACCCAAGGAAAACGUAUCAGACGGUAUAGUUUUGCCAAUAUCAGGAAAAGAAGUUAAAUUGCUGUGGCCAUUUUUUCUCAUGAGUUGGAGACGCAGGCUUGGGGGAGAAGAGAAACUUUUUUUCAAGGGUUGCGAAGAUGCUGGCCUGACUGUGUAUGAUGCUGGAGCUCGUGUUUACUGCAUCAGUGGAAAGAAGAUUGCUUAGAUGGUACAGUUCGAUUUAAUUUUAACAUGAGGAUGGAUAACUAAGAGUUAAUUAUCUUGUCAAGGCACACCUUUGGUCUACAUUUUUCCUAGCCAAGAAACCCACCGAGUAUCCUUUCUCACCUUUGUCAAUCCUUCUCUUUAUUUCUUUAGAAUAAAGUUUUAAAUAAUUUUUAUCGUUCAA